UCCUUCCUUCCCGAAGAACCGUCCGGGCCGGCCGAGGAUCUUUUUACGACACUGGCUCUGCCCGUGGGUCUCGGCGCCACUUUUCGGCAAAGUGACGUGGACGUCAACAGCAAUGGCGGAAGGAGAGGAGAUUCUGCCACUGCCAAGCCCGAGCGACGACGGCUGGGAAAAAGAUCUUGAAGAAGCUCUGGAGGCUGGUGGCUGUGAUCUUGAAACUUUAAGAAAUAUAAUUCAGGGGAGAACCCUGCCUGCUGACCUGAGGGCCAAAGUCUGGAAGAUUGCUUUAAAUGUUGCAGGAAAAGGUGAUAGUUUGGCUUCAUGGGACGGUAUUUUAGACUUGCCAGAACAGAGCGCUAUUCACAAAGAUUGCCUGGAGUUGAUUGACCAGCUUUCAGUGCCAGAAGAGAAGGCAGCAGAAUUACUUUUGGAUAUUGAAUCUGUAAUUACCUUUUAUUGUAAAUCACGUAAUAUUAAAUAUAGCACAUCCCUUAGCUGGAUACAUCUUCUCAAACCAUUGGUGCAUCUUCAGCUGCCACGCAGCGAUUUAUACAACUGCUUUUAUGCAAUCAUGAAUAAAUACAUUCCCAGGGAUUGUUCCAUGAAGGGGAGGCCAUUUCAUCUUUUCCGAUUACUCAUCCAGUACCAUGAGCCUGAGCUCUGUUCUUUGCUUGAUACAAAGAAAAUUACUCCAGACUCCUAUGCACUCAACUGGCUUGGAAGCCUUUUCGCCUGUUACUGUUCCAUUGAAGUCACCCAGGCAAUAUGGGAUGGAUAUCUACAACAAGCAGACCCAUUUUUUAUUUAUUUCUUAAUGUUAAUAAUUCUUGUUAAUGCAAAAGAAGUUAUUUUAGCACAGGAGUCUGACAGCAAAGAAGAAGUUAUUCAAUUCUUGGAAAAUACUCCAUCCAGUUUGAAUCUAGAAGAUAUAGAAGACCUUUUCUCUCUGGCUCAGUAUUACUGCAGUAAAACACCAGCUUCAUUUAGGAAGGAUAAUCACCAUCUAUUUGGCAGUACUUUGUUGGGGAUAAAGGAUGAUGAUGCAGACCUGAGUCAAGCUCUUUGUCUGGCUGUCUCGGUAUCAGAAAUCCUUCAAGCAAAUCAGCUGCAAGGGGAAGGAGUCCGGUUCUUUGUGGUGGAUUGCCGUCCUGCAGAGCAGUACAAUGCCGGGCAUUUGUCAACUGCUUUCCACUUAGAUUCAGAUCUGAUGCUCCAGAAUCCAUCUGAGUUUGCACAGUCAGUGAAGUCCUUGCUUGAAGCACAGAAACAGUCCAUUGAAUCUGGCUCCAUCGCUGGAGGGGAGCACCUGUGUUUCAUGGGCAGUGGCCGAGAGGAGGAAGACAUGUAUAUGAACAUGGUUCUGGCGCACUUUUUACAGAAAAACAAAGAAUAUGUGAGCAUUGCCAGUGGAGGAUUUAUGGCAUUGCAGCAGCAUCUGGCAGACAUUAAUGUGGAUGGACCCGAAAAUGGUUAUGGCCAUUGGAUUGCUAGUACCUCAGGCUCUAGGAGCAGUAUCAAUUCUGUUGAUGGUGAAUCUUCUAAUGGCUCAAAUGAUAGAGGAAUGAAAUCACUAGUAAAUAAAAUGACUGUUGCUUUGAAGACAAAGUCUGUUAAUGUCAGGGAAAAAGUUAUCAGUUUUAUUGAAAAUACAUCAACUCCUGUGGACCGAAUGUCUUUCAAUCUUCCUUGGCCAGACAGAACAUGUACAGAGCGGCAUGUGAGCAGCAGCGACAGAGUAGGCAAGCCUUACCGUGGUGUAAAGCCUGUUUUCAGCAUUGGAGAUGAAGAAGAAUAUGACACAGAUGAAAUCGACAGUUCUUCAAUGUCAGAUGAUGAUAGAAAAGAGGUUGUAAACAUUCAGACUUGGAUAAACAAACCAGACAUCAAGCAUCAUUUUCCUUGUAAAGAAGUGAAAGAAAGUGGACACAUGUUUCCUAGUCAUCUGUUGAUUACUGCAACACAUAUGUACUGUUUAAGGGAAAUUCUUUCACGGAAAGGACUGGCUUAUAUACAAUCUCGACAAGCACUAAAUUCUGUAGUUAAAAUUACAUCCAAAAAAAAACAUCCUGAGCUAAUUACCUUCAAGUAUGGAAACAGCAGUGCUUCGGGAAUAGAAAUCUUGGCAAUUGAAAGGUAUUUGAUUCCAAACGCAGGAGAUGCAACCAAAGCCAUAAAACAACAGAUCAUGAAAGUUUUGGAUGCUUUGGAAAGUUAAUAUACCAGAGAAGUAUUUAAAAGGAAUUAAGGCAACCAAAAGAAACAUGGACAUAUUUUCCUGACUGAAUAUUAACUGGAGACUUUUCAUUUGCUCAUGGGUAGCAGGUCUAAGAAAGUGUAAAUGAUUAUACUUUAAUUGAAAAACAGAUUUAAGAAAGUAUAAAUUACUAUAAUCAAUCUCUGGACAGUUGAAAAACAUUUUUAAAUUUUAUUUUGCAUAUUUGGUUUUGUAAAACGGUUUAUUAUAAAGGUCAGUUACUAAAUGACUUCGAAGUAACUGACCCUGUGCCCUUAUGAACCUGAGGGUAUAGAAUGCAGUUCUGUUUUGAAGAGCUGUUUUAAGGGAAUAUGCAUCACUUUCAGAUUUCACAGUGAACUUAUAUAUACAUAUUUGCAAUGUCUUCACUGAAAUAGAGAUAGAAUUAAAGAGACCCCCUUAAAUACUACAUUAUUUACUCACUGAAUAGUAUCAGUAAUGAAAAAGUAUUACAUAGGUUAAUUAGCUUGCUAUUUCUUAAAAAAUAAAAUAUUUUUAAUGAAAUGGAUGAAGACUCCAGCCAACUCAGAAAAGCAGUCCAAGCUAGUAAAAUGUUGAUACAUCAACUUAUAAAUCUUCUUCGUACCAUGUACUAAUAAUUUGAACACUGAGUGCUUCAAAUACUAAACUUCAUCCUGUGGUUUCUAAGGAGCAGUGAAACGCAUUAUAUUAAGUAGAUAGGCACAAGAUUAAACAUUUUGGUAACAGAAUUGUAUUUGUAAAAAUAUCAUUGGUUUUUAUUACAAGUGGAAUAUUUGAUAUGGAAUAUUUCAAAACAAGUGUUGAUCAUACACUGACUUAUUCUCUUUGAGAUUAUGGUCUGUGACCAUACUAAUAUCCACUUUAAAUAAAAGCCAAAUAAUUAAAGAAUUACAUAAACUAUGGUUGUAUUUGUCUUAUAACUUUCUGAAAUUUCAUUUUCUUCUUUUGGUUUUUGUCUUACUAAAGUUCUAGAGGUUUGAAACUUUUUAUUCUCUUAAAAUGACAAAACCAGAACGUCUCAAUUUAAUUUAUUAAGGUCCAUAUUAGACUCAUUUGGUAAAAGAAAUCUGGAAACACAAUAAAAUCUACAAAGUAACUUUUUAUUGUUUUUGUUUUGGGGUCCACCUUGCCAUGCUCAGGGGUUAUUCCUGGCUCUGCACUCAGUAAUCACUCCUGGCAUUGCUUGGAGGACCCUAUGGGGUGCCAGAGAUCCACCCAGGUUGGCCACAUGCAAGACAAGCACCCUAUCCACUGUACUAUCUCUCUGCUAUCUACAAAGUGACUUUUUGUGAAGAAUCCCUGGGAAGUCGCAAUUCUUCACAAUCUACCACGUUCUAAAAUCUAAUGGAUUUUUCUAAGGGGUGUUAAAAGAGAUACUUAGGUCUACCUUGUUUACAGUCAUUUAUUUUAGAUUACUUAAUGAAAAUCAAGUGAAUAAAAGGCAACAUAAUUCAAGAUAAUAUUCUAAUAUCUAAUAAAAAGUUUGAGUGGUUGAAGACAUUUGCAUGAAAUUGCACUUUGUGCAAUGCUUGAUAUUUAUAAUUCUCCUUGCAACUGUUGUAUUGUAUUUUUUCCUUUCCUCAUCAUCCCCUUUAGAUCCCCUUCCCCCCCCCCAUAUCAGCCAUGGGACUUUUUCAUAAUACUAAUGUAAAAACGUUUGUGUUACUGUUUAUAAAUUACAAUUGUAAAUA